CGCCGCCGCUACGUGACGUCAACGACGCGUGCCCCGGAAGCGUCCGCAGCUGUUGACAAUCGGGCGGCGGUCUUGAUUAGUUUUGACUAAAAUCAACGAUCGUGUUCAUCCCGAUUAUCAAUAACAACGUUUGACUAUUACCACGGUGGAAUACCCUUAGCGUUCGCUCUCUCUCUAUAUAGCUGCCGAAGAAACCAUGGGGCUGUUUGGCAAGAGUUCGGAUAAACCUCCCAGGGAGAUGGUGAACGAGUGGUCCACGCAACUCCGCAAAGAGAUGCGAGGCAUCGACAGGCAGAUACGCAGCAUCCAGCGCGAGGAAGAUAAGGUGAAGCGCUCCCUGAAGGAUGCCGCCAAGAAGAAUGAGCGCGAGGUCUGCGUCAUCCUGGCCAAGGAGCUGAUCCGCUCGCGCCGCGCCAUCUCCAAGCUGCACGCCUCCAAGGCUCAGAUGAACAGCGUCAUCAUGACCAUGAAGAACCAGCUGUCGCUCCAGAAGAUGUCGGGAGCUCUGCAACGGAGCACCGAGGUGAUGAAAGCCAUGCAGAGCCUGGUUCGCGUUCCCGAGAUCCAGGCAGCCAUGCGAGAGCUCUCCAAGGAGAUGAUGAAGGCUGGUAUUAUUGAGGAGAUGAUGGACGACACGUUUGAGGGAAUGGAGGACCAAGAUGAUCUGGAGGAGGAAGCCGAUGCCGAGAUUGACAAGAUCCUUUACGAAGUGACGGCUGGAGCGCUGGGCAAGGCCCCUGGGAAGGUGAUGGACGCGCUGCCCGAGAAGCCCGGGGCGAGCAGCGUGGCUACCGCGAGCGGCGAGGAUGAGGAAGGCGUGGAGGGGAUGCAGGCCCGGCUGCAAGCGCUGCGCAGCUAGAGCGCACCGCACCAUCACCCCACAACACCACGCACGCAUAGCAACACGCCACGCCACAUGAACAGCAACCUGACACACGCAUAACUACUUGCCAUGCAUGCUCAUCACUCCAUUCUGACUAUCGUCAUAAUCACACCUCUGAUUAGCACGGUUGGCUACGUACAAUGCGAAAGAAGUUCAACAGACAUACUUAAAAUUUACAUCUCACACGGACAUCAUCACCAACACACGCCAUGCGCAAAAACAAAAACCACAACACAAAUGCGUAACAGUAAACCGCACCACACAUCAUGCCUUACUAAAUUAUACACGGACAUAACACCAAUUGCCCCUUCUCCAAGGAUAAUCCUGUCAGAAUAACGUUCAUAAUACGUACGCAACACGUGUGUAUAAGACUUUGGCGGUCUGUGUAAUAUUUGCCUGUGGUAUUUUCUUUAUGGGUUAGGGAAUUCAGGUCAAGUUUAGGCAGUUACGGCGUAAGGUUUAGUUUAGGGGCUACAAGUUCAGGACUAAGGGUUAAGUUUAGAAUCAAGCUUUUUUUAGGUAAAUUGAAAAGUGGAUUUAAUGUUAAAAGUUAGCUUAUACUUCAUGUAAUGGUUAGGGUUAGGUAGUCUGGUAUUGUAUUUGAAGACUAAAAAGUUAGGCUUUUGUGAGCUUCUCAACAUGCAGCCUUCACUUGUUAGGCGAUUUUUGUUUAAUCAUUAACAGCUGCGAACUUGUCAGGCAGCCUCGAACACAUAGUCUCGGUGUGUAACUAUUAAGAGUUAUUUGUUGUGUUUAAGUCUUAUAUUAAAACCUAGGUGGGUUGCUGUUAUUGUACGCUUGUGUUUUGCGGUGAGUAAAGCUAAGAUUGAAGGCAUAUACUUUUACUCUAUUCCCCUCCACACAGUCCUACCUCUCCCCAUUUCAUCUCACUCAACCCCCUUCCACUCAGUCCUACUUCUCCCCUCUCAUCUCUAUUCCCCACCAUGCACUUCCCUGCUCCAGCAACGAAGGAAGUGGGCUCUUUUUCCUCUGCUGUUCCUUUAGUCUGGAAACUCCCCUUACCCCAUCCCUCUCUGCCAUCAGGUCCCUGCCUCUAUUUAAAUUCACACUACAAUUUCUGUCUCUGCCUGACUGCCUGUUUCUCAAUAAACAAACAUGCCCACUUUC